UAUUAUCCAAUGAGAACUUAAGAAUACUCCCGCGCGUGAGUAGGUCUGCAUUGAAGGGAAAAUAUUGCUGUGAGGUGAAUUUUGGAAAGUUUUAAAGUCUUUGUUGGUGACUUUUUUAAUGUAAGUAAAAGGAUCGGUACCAACAGGUGUUAUCAAAGUUUCUUUUCUUGGUUGGUUGUUAGUGUUUAUGUUUUUGUGAUUGUGGAGAUCAUAUAUUGCUUACAAGAUGUGGGGUGACGGAGGUAACUUUGGUGGAGGUGGUUUCUUAGAAAACAGCUUCGCAUCCCCUUCGGCGGAGACCACAGAAAAGAAACAGAAUCGAAGAGGUGAGAAUGUCGUUCCUGUUACCAUCAAUCAAAUUCUUAAAAGUGGUGAGGAUUUUAAAAUAGGGGAACUCGAUGUCCAUGUUGUUUCACUUGUAGGUAUAAUUAAAAAUGUAGACAUGUCAUCUACAAAAAUUACUUACUUGAUUGAAGAUACAACUGGACAAAUAGAAGCGGUUCAAUGGCUAGAAGGUCCCUUGGAGGGCAGUCAGCCUUCUGAGAAUACUUACUGUCGUGUGUCAGGGACAGUAAGGGUCACCCAGGGGAAGCGGUGCAUUAUGGUGUUCAAUAUUCUGCCAAUUACAGAUUUGAACGACUUAACUGUUCAUCUGCUUGAAGUAAUUGAUGUUCACCAAUGUGCUCCUAAUUUCUCAGAACUUCAGAACAUGGGUGCACAGGCUGCAUCAAAGACUGCAAUGAACUAUCCAUUAGGUAACUCGAUGAUGAAUAUGAAUCAAAUGGACGAUGGGUUGGACCAACAUGCUCCUUCAGACCCUCAACAAAGGAUUGUUUUCAAAGUCAUUUCAGAUGCAGCUGUGGAUGAUGAAGGUGGUGUGGAUGUUCAAUUUAUCACCAAAAAAUUAAAUGGUCAAAUGAAUGAGAGUACAGUAAGGACAAUAACAGAAUUCUUGUUACAUGAAGGUUUUGUUUUUUCUACUAUUGAUGAUGAGCAUUUCACUGUAACAAGAUAAGCAGUUAUUUAAUUAUUUAUUAUGUAAGCAGUGGGCAUGAGUGAACCACCUGACACCCUCACCUUAAAAAAACUGGAUUCUAGCUGUCAACUGGCCUACAUAUAUUUUGGUACCCUAUUACAAUGGGUCAGAGAAACAGAACUCAAAAACAAAACUAAGAAAAGAAAAUAGAAGAAAACUCUACAAGAAGAAAAAGUAAACUUGAAAGAAUUGAGUUGAAGUGUUAAGUAUGAAUCUAAGGUGUCUUUUAAUUGCACAGCAGAGUUGUUUGUGUGAGAAUAUGGAAUUGCGUUAUUUAGUGAAAUAAUUUGGAAUUAACAGAAGUAUCUUACCUUUCUAACAUCAAUAUUACAGGUUAUCGUUUCAUCUUUUAUUAAUUGUCUAAAUUCCAUUAUAAAUAUUCUUAAAAAAUAAAGCAUGAUUUUUAAAUGGAUUUAUUUUAUUAGAUACCUUUU